AUGGGGGUGCUGAUGUCCAGGCGGCAGACGGUGGAGAAGGUGCAGAAGGUCAGCUUGGCCGUGUCAGCCUUUAAGGAUGGGCUGCGGGAGCAGCCAUCGACACGGCGGCGGGCGGAGGCGGGGGACACAUGCCAAGGAACGCUGGAGCAGGAGGUGCAGGAGGGAGAGGAGGAGGUGUCGGCAGGACCUUCCCAGCCGAAGGAGAGCAGCUCCAGCAAGGCAGCCUGGGAACGGCUGCGGGACGGCCGGGGCGUGGAGCCAGAGGAGUUUGACCGAGCCAACAGGUUCACGCCACCCGCCUUCAUCCGGCCCAAGCGGGAGCUGCACGAUGACGAGCCCCCGGACAUCAGCCUGGAGCAGCGGGAGCAGGUCCUCAAUGACGAGAUGUGUGAGAUCUGCGAGGUGUGGACGGCCGAGAGCCUCUUCCCCUGCCGCGUCUGCAGCCGGGGGACCGACGGCUGCCUGCGCCGCAUGGGCUACCUGCAGAACGACAGCGCCAUGGAGGUGACAGAGACGGCGCAUACCGAGACGGGCUGGAGCUGCUACUACUGCGACAACCUCAACCUCCUGCUGACGGAGGAAGAGAUGUACAGCCUGAUGGAGACCCUGCGGCACUGCAAGAUCAUUCCAGAGACCUGCCUGACCCUGGACGACUUCCUGCACUACAAGCACCUGGUGCACAGGCAGCAGUUUGAGCGGCCCAUGGCCGAGGCGCAGGAGGAGCAGGCAACCCUGCAGUUCUCCGCCCUGGACCCCAACAAGAAGGGGCACAUCGAGUGGCACGACUUCCUCUCCCACGAGUCCAUCCAGCUGCUGCAGAAACUA